GGUACUGAACGGUGUCUGUAGCAAGCACAUACAGCUAAGUGUGAUACUGAACGGUGUCUGUAGCAAGCACAUACAGCUAACGUUAUGGUAAUAAACAAUAGCCACAGGCUAACAGGCUAACACGCUAACAGGCUUCGAUUUGAAACAGCACUAGCAUAGACCCACCUCCGGUUCUCCGAGCGGGAAGUUCAGAUCGUCUCGUUUAACUAAAAUGUAACAAAUGUUCCGGUUCUCUCUGAUUAAUUCAACACAUACCUUACGUUUGGGGAUUUUCAUGGACUCUGGGAGAGGAGAGCUCUGACAACAUGUCCACCAACACGGAGGAGAGGGGCGCCUCCGCACCCAGGUGCUUCGGACAGUGUACCUACACAGCUGAGGAGUACCAGGCGGUGCACAACGCUCUGCGACAGAGGCUGGGACCAGAGUACAUCAGUACCAGACUGGCUGGAGGAGGACAGAAGGUGUGCUACGUUGAAGGGCAUCGGGUCAUCAGCUUGGCUAAUGAGAUGUUUGGAUACAACGGGUGGUCUCACUCCAUCUCCCAGCAGAAUGUUGAUUUUGUAGACCUUAUCAAUGGCAAGUUUUAUGUCGGAGUCAGCGCGUUUGUCAAAGUGCAGCUGAAGGAUGGGUCAUUUCAUGAGGACGUAGGCUAUGGAGUCAGCGAGGGACUGAAGUCUAAAGCUCUGUCACUGGAAAAGGCGAGAAAGGAAGCCGUCACUGAUGGCAUGAAGAGAGCACUGAAAUGCUUUGGUAAUGCUCUUGGAAACUGCAUCCUGGAUAAAGAAUACCUCCUAGCCAUCAACAAGAUCCCCAGACAGCCUCCUCCUCCUUUGGACCCAGCCCAGACUAAGCGCUCUGUGGGUGAGCCAUCUGUGGAGAAGGCUCGAUUCUCCAGUCUGCUCCCAGAGGAAAAGCACGCGUCUGUGGUGGGUCCUACCAGGAUAAAGUUGGAGCCUCAAGCCCUCGACCAGACUUGUGCAAUUCACACUCCUGAUGCUGGCUCCGCUCCUAAUGGGAAGCGCGACAGCGCCGGCUCCGGAGCCAUCAUGAACUCGGCAGAUGCUGUGAGGUCUGAAGCGCACACAGACCCCAAGCAGCUGAGAAAACUCAGACAGCAGCAGCUUCAGCAGAAGUUCAGGAGAGAGAUGGAGGCCAAGAAGCUGCAGCAGAAACAGGAUCAAGCCAAGUCUGAAAACAUAGAGGUCGUUGUUGGUGAAGGAUCCAGUGGAGGUCAUAAAGGUGCAGCUGCGUCCAGCGACGUGAUGGGAUACAGGAAACCAAGCAGCAGGGAUGAGUAUUUAACAGAUGAUCCUGAACUCUGGGGCGUCACUCUGGAUGGGAUUGAGGAGCUGGACGUCCCCACAAGUGGUCCGCCCUCCAGAGGGUCCAGGCCCACCACGCCUAUGAAUCACCACAUGCUGACACGCAGUAAAACCCCCCAGAGAGACCCGGGCCGACCUCCAGCUGAAGCCUCAUCGUACAGCAGGGGACAGGACAGGAGUCACUAUGGGUAUCAGGCCAGAGCAGGUGAAGCUCUCAGUCCGUACAGACAAGGACAGCACAUGAAGAAACGCCGACUGGACACUUGAGAUUUUAUGUUGCUGUUUUACAUUUUCAUCAACAGUUUCUCGAAUCCAGCCACAUGCUUUUACUUUAGUUUUAUAUUUAUUUCAAUGUAUACAUUUGUUAAGCUCAUUUUACAAUAAACUGCUGCUAUGUUUGCUAUUUGGAAAAAUGUUACCUGGUUUUAAAAAAAAUUAAAAUAUAACAAAUCAGUGAGGC